AUGAAAAGAAGCGUUGACAUGAUUUUCCACAUUCGAUAAUGAAUAAAUAUACCAAGAACUGCAUGUGUGCCAUGAACCCUUAUUGCGUGAUAUUUCACACAUGUCUGAGUGAGCCUGGGUGGUCUGGGGGGGUAUCCACACACAAACACGUUUUGUUCCUGAGUUAUUAAUACUUUGGUUUUAUUAACCUUAUUAAAUCUUGGUUUGUAAAAGGAAAAAAAUUCAGGCGAUAUCAAUAGCCAGAAUAUUAUUUCCCAAUCCGGUUCCUUUUUCAUUAGCGUUUCAUUUUAACCAACCUGAGAGAAAGAGAGACCAAGUGUCACCUUGCCAUCGCCCGGUUCACAACAACACUGGAGAGACUGUGGCAUUGUCGAUGUCUCUCUCUCUCUCUCUCUCUCUCUCUCUCUCUCUCUCUCUCUCUCUCUUUUGUAUUUUCAAGUUUCAACUAAAGCAAUGACUGAGAGAGAAGGGCAGGCCAAAUUCCACCAGCAAGCGUUUUUCUCCGACUCUAUACAAUUUUGAUUUGUUAGAAGUGUUUAAGAUAGAAAAACCCCACCCCACACUGAAGAAGAGCAAAGACCUAAGAGAGCUGCUGGCUGGGAAUCCACAAAAGGCUGGCCACCUUGGCCUGGGAUAAAAUGCCUAGCUCCUGGGUCAGUGGUUCUCAACCUGUGGGUCAGUAGCCCUUUGGGGGUCGCAUAUCAGAUAUUUACAUUACAAUUCGUAACAGUAGCAAAAUUACAAUUACAAAGUAGCAACACAGUAAGUUUGUGAAUGGGGGUCACCACAACAUGAAGGGAACCCCCAUUUUUAGUGGCAGCUCUAUGUUCUAUGCAAUGUCCCCACUCCUCAUCCUCAGGCUGAACUGAGCCCUGGGCUGCUUGAGACCUGUGAGGAGGCUUCUCCCUUCCUCCUCAGCUAUGCCCUCCGCCUCGUGGAGGAGGGGAAAGGAGAAGACAGAGUGAGAAAGAGAAACACGCAGACACAAAAGCUGGGAGGGGGCUGGGCUGGACACUGGAAGGCUUCUGUCAGGGAAAACACCCUUUGGUUUUAGGGAGUGGACAAUACCACCUGAUUUAUUUAAGCCAGACUUUAAAGGGGGUCUGAGCUUGGGGUGGCGUGGAAGGGGUACUCCUCACCCUGGGUGAUACAGGGUGGCAAAAUUGACCUAGUUUUUCUGUACUCUUUCACCCGGAAGUUCCCAGAAAAGCCACCCCAGGCAGGCAGGAACCUGAGGUCUGGGUGUUCUCUUUUGCUCCUAAAAUUAGCUGCAAAUUUUUAAAAGAAGAAAUCAGGCUACUUUGGGGCAUUGAAUAAAAUAUGGUCUUCCCAGAAGGCAGGACAGAAGGCACGCAGCCUGGGUCCGGCUGGGCACAGUGACUGAAACUUUAACUAUCCUCUGAAGCCAGAGAGCAUUUAGGGAACCGUCGUCUGCAAGUGGGCCUGCUCACCAUGGAGCAUUGCUCCCGGUGCUGCUGGUCCCCAAGAGCAGGGAACCAGGUCUUUGGUGAGAGUGCAAGAGGUGUCAUACACAGCCCUUCCAGCUUCCCAAGACAGUGGUCUCAGCCCGCGGGCCCCACCUCGUGGCCCCGCCUGCCCCCAGGAGCUGCUGAAGCUGAGGAGUCGCUGGCCCCAGGUUCAACUUCAAUAAGACCUAGCCAGCCCUUGAUCACAGGGCUCCUCUGACAGCCAUGCUCAAGCCCGGCCUAGUUGAGCCCGGGUCACCUGGGAAUAGGUUCAAAGGCAAGGAAGCUGUAAACCACCUCCAGGCCCCAGCAAGAGCGGCCUGGCGAACAAAGAGACCCCAAGCACUUCAAACGCUCUGUCGCUGAGAGUCCAGAUGGCAAAAAGGCCGUGGUCGGUGAUGUCUGUUCACUAAGGCCUGGCCCAAUGUUCUGCAUCCCUGAGCACCCCUGCCGUAGCUACCCACCAGUGCCCAGAGCAGGGGACUUCAGGAAGGGCCUGCCUCUCCCUAAUCUCCGAGUUCUGGGUUCACCACCCGCUCGCAAACGAAGCAGAGUGCAGAGACUGAGGCUGAGCCCUAAACCCGGACCCAGCACUUGGGCAGGGCCAGGCAGGCGGGCGUGGCGGGCACCCGGCGCUCCCGCAGAGGCUCGCUGUGGUACCUAGGCUUAAGGCAUUAAGAGGUAGGGUCUGAAAAGGUGUCCAAACCGAAGUUCAUCCAGAAGGUCGAAAUUAAAAAGGGUCCUCCAACUUGCAUUCUGGCCCGAGACGGGCGGCGUCUCUAUGGAUCCUAGAGGCGAGACUGUGGAGGUGGAUAUCUCUACCGACACGCGAGUGUCUGCCCUGCCCGGGGUCGUGGCUCUCUGCUUGCCUGCACAGCUCCACUCACUGCGGGCAGGAUCGCGUUGCUGACGGUGAGGUCUCAGUGCGCGCCCAAAGAGGCUCCCAGCUGCGUCCUUGGUCCACGGUGCACAUCUGGGCUUGGACUCGCCUCCUCCACCUCUCGUGGAGAUCCUGAACCCGGGCAGGGACCAAAUCUGCUCCACGAGGCUCAGACAAAGCCAGGGCCCGUUGAGUCUAGGAUCAGCACCGCUGAUUAGCGGCCCGCGGCUUAGGAAGCAGCGCAGACUGCACGCGCGGACCCGGCCUCCGAGAUGCCGGCCAUAGUUAGGGCCGAAAAAGAGGAGACAAAACUGAAAGUGCCGCCCCCCCUCCUUGGGGGGGGGCGGCCGGCGAAGGCCCCAGAACUUGUCCUGCCCCUGGCCACCGUGGCCAAUCAGCGCGCCGCCCUCGUUCCUGACAGCUAUUUAGCAACCCAGCCGGGAUAGAGUUUCCAAAAAAGUUAGAAUAACUUCCUCUCCCGGAGACCUCGGUUUUGCACAAGCCGGCCUCGAAAUUAGAGACUUUGCAGGCGACCCAGGAGCCUGUGCUCCGCGGUCGCGGGCUUGGCGAGUGGCGUGCGCUCGGCGCCCCCCAGCCCCACGCGCGCCGGGCGGGCGCCAUGGAGGAGGGAUCCAGCUCGCCUGUGUCCCCCGUGGACAGUCUGGGCACCAGCGAGGAAGAGCUGGAGCGGCAGCCCAAGCGCUUCGGCCGGAAGCGGCGCUACAGCAAGAAGUCAAGCGAAGAUGGCAGCCCGACCCCAGGCAAGCGCGGCAAGAAGGGCAGUCCGAGCGCGCAGUCCUUCGAGGAGUUGCAGAGCCAGCGCAUCCUGGCCAACGUGCGCGAGCGUCAGCGCACCCAGUCGCUCAACGAGGCCUUCGCCGCGCUGCGCAAGAUCAUCCCCACGCUCCCCUCUGACAAGCUCAGCAAGAUCCAGACGCUCAAGCUGGCCGCCAGGUACAUAGACUUCCUCUACCAGGUUCUGCAGAGCGACGAGAUGGACAAUAAGAUGACCAGCUGCAGCUACGUGGCUCACGAGCGUCUCAGCUACGCCUUCUCCGUGUGGCGCAUGGAGGGAGCGUGGUCCAUGUCCGCCUCCCACUAGCGCCGCGCCACCCACCUCCGGACCCGCACGCCAGGACCUGCCUGCACAUCUCAGGCAAAAGUGGAACCGGAUGCGUCCGCGGCUCUGACUUCUGGCACCUGGACAACCUCGUGGCUCCUCAUGCCCCCAGUGCCCAGCUGAGUGUUCAGAGGGGACAGCAAUGGCAAGGGACAGCGACCCAGGUUCACAUCCUUCUCAGAGAUACCCAUGGGAUGGGCACCAGCCUACCUGCCAGUGACUUUUGUGCCCUCAUCUCCUCACCAUUGGAUUCUCCUCCUGGGUUUUGGUUUUGGGGAGGGGGAUCUUUUUGGAAAGCUCUAGAUUCAGGAGUGCAUUUAUAAGGAUAUGUUGGAUUGUAUUUCCCUCUAAGUGCCUUUUUUAAUGUAUAUUUUUAAAUAAAACAGAAGUACAUUCUUGUAGAACCUGUUUAAACUGGACCAAGGCUCUCAGAACAAGAACCCAAGACCCCUCCCACCCCAGACCUCCCGUGACUGUUUCGAGGAAGCCUGGAAUUCUUGCUCGCACAUUCCUGCUCUUUAUCUCUCCAUGGCCUGCCCAGCUAGCCAUUUUUUAUAUUCCCUGUUCAGUGUAUAUGUUGCUUAUUUGUUUAUUUAUUGAGAUAUUUUACCAGCUAAGUGACUGCCACGCGCUGUGUAUACUGCUCCACACCCAGGAACAAUAAAGAGGCCCGCACAGCCCUGC